GACCAAGUACGCUUUUAGUGAAAAAAAUAUUUUUUUCAAGUCGUGGGAGCACACGAUUUGAAGAAAUGAAAAUUUUAAAAAUUUUUGCAGACCCUUCCAAUGGUCGAGACACUCACAAAAUUCAAGAUCUACCCGCAACAGCCGCAGAUAUACAACAACCCAAAAAACACUGAGAAGAAGAGGUACUUCAAGAAGGUUGGGUAUGGCAUCACGGUGCCUGAGACCGCCAUAAACGGCACCUAUAUCGACAAGAACUGCCCAUUCACAGGAAGCGUAAGACUAUACGGCAAAUUCGUCAAGGCUGAGGUGCUGAAGAUGAAGCAGAUACGAACGAUCAUCUGCAUAAAAAAGUACUUUUUCUACGUAAAGAAGUAUAAGAGAUAUGAGAGGAGACAGAAGAAGUUUGCCGUGCAUCUGCCACCGUGCUUUGAGGGUCUUGUGAACGUGGGUGACAUUGUGAACUGUGCACUUGUCAGGCCAUUGUCUAAGACAAAGCGAUUUGUGGUGGUGGGCGUUGAGAACAAGAUAGUACCGGAGAAAAAAUAUAAAACAUUGGAGGAUCUUUAAUUAAAAAUUGAGUUUAACGAA